UGAGGUACGUUCUAGAAAACCGUAAUAAUUUCUAUCGCUUAUAAACUUAUUCACAAUUAGGAAUUAUUACUACAGUUAACCGGAAAUCAAGAACAACGACCGAAAAUGUCUGUCAGUGUAGCCAACCAAAUCAGUUGUUGUUAUGCUGGCCAAUCACCGUCGCCCUUACAAAUACGUACUUUCUCAAAUAUAGCUACGUUUAUUGACACUCUCCUUACACCAAAUACUUGUCCUAAACAGUAGCAUUAACUACGUAUGUGUAGUGGAAGUAUGCAAGGCAGAACUGUAGUUUAGGACAAGGCAAUUAACGUAAGGAACUCGCUAAAGGUAGAACUGUAAACUUUAGAUGUAUAAUUAGAAUUCGUCCAAGGAAGAGCUGCAGCUUUCCCUCAAGGGAUCCUUAUUGAGAAGAUUGGGAAAACAAUGAUACUUUACACCUCUAUUACGGGGCAUCUUGUGGUGAGCGUGUUUAUAGCCAUCCUGACUCAGAAAGCAAGACAGGUACAAGGUCUCAGAUGUAUGGACUGUACCAAUGUAGAACUCGAUGCUUCAGCCGAGGGGUACCUGGUGAACCCUAUCCUGACUUUCAUUCCAGGUAUUCGGAAUAAACACUGUGUGGAACCCACCGACGAGCAUGACAUUGACUUGAUCACGUGUCCGCCAAACCCCGAUUCCGGGGAUUUGGUGUACAGAUGUGGAGCCUACAACGGCAAAAUCAAUAUCGCUAUGUUUAGUGGCAUUUCAAAUAGUUCUCUUCGUGUGAUUGACCGCCAAUGUGUCUUAAUCUACCAGGGUUUGAGAUACGGUUGUCAUCCACAGACAUUUGUCGAAGACUACGCGUCAGACUUACAGAAAAUUUUAAAAUCACUUGAAAAUUUAGGAGCUGUUGAUUUCCAGGGAAAUAUCUGUCUUUCUGAAGAUAUCGACUCUACCUCUAGCAGCAGCCGCGUUGUUUUUUCCUUGAUGCUUUUAAUGUGUUCUUAUUUUCUGUGCUUACUUUUAUCAUAAUAAAUUAUGAAGGAAUGAAAGGUGUAACAUAUUACUAGUAUAUAGUUUGAAAUUCAUUCUUAAACUUUAAAUCUAUGUAAAAAGACCAUGUUUGCAACAUGAAAUUGAGCCUAACUGUGUCAGAACAUCAGUCAAAGGACUGAAAUAUACGGACGAUCACUGUGGGUAUACCAAAGUACAAAGUGUAUUUAAAGGAAAUGAGAACAAGAAUAAGAAACUAUUUAAACGAACUAAUAAGCAGAACUUUCUUAGACGGGUAAUGUAUGGAUGAUUCUUUUAAAGCUUUAUAAGGUCUUCAUUGUCUAACAUAUACAAAUUGUUUCUAUACAAGCAUAAGUAAUUAUUCAAUAUCAUUAUAGGACUUUUAAUUCGAACAACAUAGAAUAGUAUUUGUUUGACGACGUCUGGUUGGAAUAAUUUUAAAAUUUAGAAUUGAAAUGUUUCAUCAAGGCACGUAAGCAUCCGUCUUGAAUUUAACAUUUUAAUCAAACAAUUCUCCUAUGUCGUGAUGUAUGCUGUUUACCUGUUUCAUCUUUAAGAAAUAGACAUAUUAUGUGUCCGUGUAUAGAAAUAUCGCAGCCCUGGUACUGCUUUUCACCCAUCAAAAAGGGUUGCAGUUUACCAGACAUUAUUUCACUGUUUAUAUUACUAAAUGUGAUUUAUGGUUGUACGAUGUCUCUGGCCAGACCCAAACUUGAUAACCGGGGUAGUCCAUACAUAUUUAAUUAGAAACAGGUACUUCUCCAUUUUAGACCGGUUGAUAUCUUCCAGACGUAGUUAGAUAUUACUAAAUAAACGAGGACACCACACAAUGAUAAAAUAAAAUAAA